GCCCCGCGCGACAGCGAGCUUACUGCGGCUGCGUGGUGGUGGCGGCGGCGGCGGCAGCGGCGGUGGCCCGGGCGCCGUCGGGCUGGGUGGCGGCGGCGGCGGUUCCAGGGGCGGCGGGCGGGAGCCGGGCUUGAGCCUCGGAGGGAGUGGCACGACCCCGGCCGUGGCCACCAUGUCCGCGUCGUCCGAAGAGGAGGAGUACGCGCGGCUCGUGAUGGAGGCGCAGCCGGAGUGGCUGCGCGCAGAGGUGAAGCGGCUGUCGCACGAGCUGGCCGAAACCACGCGUGAGAAGAUCCAGGCGGCCGAGUACGGGCUGGCAGUGCUUGAGGAGAAGCAUCAGCUAAAACUACAGUUUGAGGAGCUUGAGGUGGACUAUGAGGCUAUCCGCAGCGAGAUGGAGCAGCUCAAGGAGGCAUUUGGACAGGCCCACACGAACCAUAAGAAGGUGGCUGCGGAUGGCGAGAGCCGGGAGGAGAGUCUGAUCCAGGAGUCAGCUUCCAAGGAGCAGUAUUAUGUGCGCAAGGUGCUGGAGCUGCAGACGGAGCUGAAGCAGCUGCGCAACGUGCUUGCCAACACACAGUCAGAGAACGAGCGUCUGGCCUCAGUGGCCCAGGAGCUGAAGGAGAUCAACCAGAACGUGGAGAUUCAGCGGGGCCGCCUUCGGGAUGACAUAAAGGAGUACAAGUUCCGGGAGGCCCGCCUGCUACAGGACUACUCGGAGUUGGAGGAGGAGAACAUCAGCCUGCAAAAGCAGGUGUCUGUGCUCAGGCAGAACCAGGUGGAGUUCGAGGGCCUCAAGCAUGAGAUCAAGCGUCUGGAGGAAGAGACCGAAUACCUCAACAGCCAGCUGGAGGAUGCCAUCCGGCUCAAGGAGAUCUCCGAACGGCAGCUGGAGGAGACGCUGGAGACACUGAAGACAGAGCGGGAGCAGAAGAAUAACCUGCGCAAGGAGCUGUCGCACUACAUGAGCAUCAACGACUCCCUGUACACCAGCCACCUGCACGUCUCCCUGGACGGCCUCAAGCUCAGUGAUGAUGCUGAGGCCCUGGCCAACGGCUUCGAGCAUGGUGGCCUGGCCAAGCUGCCGCUGGACAACAAGACCUCCACGCCCACCAAGGACGGCCUUGUCCCGCCCUCCUCCAGCUUGGUUUCUGACCUCCUCAGCGAGCUCAACAUCUCUGAGAUCCAGAAGCUGAAGCAGCAGCUAAUGCAGAUGGAGCGGGAGAAGGUGGGCCUGCUGGCCACACUGCAGGACACACAGAAGCAGCUGGAGCAGGUGCGAGGGGCCCUGUCAGAGCAGCAUGAGGAGGUGAGCCGCCUUACAGAGAACCUGAGUGCUCUGCGGCGCCUGCAGGCCACCAAGGAGCGGCGGACAGCCCUGGACAGCGAGAAGGAACGAGACAGCCAUGAGGAUGGCGACUACUAUGAGGUUGACAUCAAUGGACCCGAGAUCCUGGCCUGCAAGUACCGUGUGGCCCUGGCAGAGGCGGGUGAGCUCCGGGAGCAGCUGAAGGCCCUGCGUAGUACACAUGAGGCCAGCGAGGCACAGUAUGAAGAGGAGAAGGGCCGGCAUGAGGCCGAGAGCCAGGCCCUCACCGAGAAGCUCUGCCUGUUGGAGAAGGCCAGCCGCCAGGACCACGAGCUCCUGGCCCGGCUGCAGACGGAGCUGAAGAAGAUGAGUGACGUCGCAGGCGAGACGCAGGGCAGCCUGAGCGUGGCCCAGGAUGAGCUGGUGACCUUCAGCGAGGAGCUGGCCAACCUCUACCACCAUGUGUGCAUGUGCAACAAUGAGACACCCACCCGGGUGGUGCUGGACUACUACCGUGAGGGUCCAGCUGGUGCUGGCAGCUGCAGCCCUGAGGCCCGUGGGCGCCACUCACCUGUCCUACCCAAGGGGCCACCAGCCACAGAGGCUAAGGCCAGGGACAGCAGCCCCUCACCUGGCUCCUCACUGCCCUCACCCCUGAGUGACCCACGCCGGGAGCCCAUGAACAUCUACAACCUGAUCGCCAUCAUCCGUGACCAGAUCAGGCACCUGCAGGCAGCCGUGGAUCGCACCACAGAGCUGUCGCGCCAGCGCCUGGCCUCGCAGGAGCUGGGCCCAGCUGCAGACAAGGACCGCGAGGCGCUCAUGGAAGAGAUCCUGAAGCUAAAGUCGCUGCUCAGCACCAAGCGGGAGCAGAUCACCACACUGCGCACCGUGCUCAAGGCCAAUAAGCAGACAGCAGAGGUGGCCCUUGCCAACCUGAAGAGCAAGUAUGAGAAUGAGAAGGCCAUGGUGACCGAGACCAUGAUGAAGCUGCGCAAUGAGCUCAAGGCCCUCAAGGAAGAUGCAGCCACCUUCUCCUCGCUGCGUGCCAUGUUUGCCACCAGGUGUGAUGAGUACAUUACACAGUUGGAUGAGAUGCAGCGGCAAUUGGCAGCCGCCGAGGACGAGAAGAAGACACUCAACUCUCUGCUGCGCAUGGCCAUCCAGCAAAAGCUGGCACUGACCCAGCGGCUAGAGCUGCUUGAGCUGGACCAUGAGCAGACCCGGCGAGGCCGUGCCAAGGCCAACUCCAAGGCCAAGCCUGGCACCCCGAGCGUAAGUCACACCUGUGCCUGUGCAAGUGACAGGGCUGAGGGUGCUGGGCUUGCUGCCCAGGUGCUCUGCGGCGAGAAGUAUAACAUUUACUGCGAUUAGGGCCAUGAGGUCACACGCUGCAGCUAACCUGCCGCACGUCACCUCUCCGCUUCACCUCAACUAACCUGGCAGCAGCAGGACCGUGGUGCUAGGCUGGUCUUAACUGACUUAUGCACAGGGGAAGAAUUUGGCCUAGGCAGCCUGCUGCUCCAUCUGGACACUGCAAGCUUUGUGUCUGUUUCUCACCCCUCGAGACCACCCUUCACAGCAGCUGCUCUCUUGGUGGUGGGCGGGGUGGUCAGGGGGGAGGGUUGGAGCCACAUGUCCUUGCAAAAAACCUGGCUUACCAGGGCCCAGGUGCCAUUGACUCUCACUGAGAGGGGCAGAUCCUGCAUUGAAACCUGCAUGUUCCCCCGCAUGUGUCUAAUGCAGCUGUACUGCCCUGGCACCUCGACACCAGUGUUAGAGUUUCCAUCCUGGAUCCCAGAUGCAGCCUUGGAGAACACUCUGUGCUUGGCACAGAUAAUGGAGAGAAUUGCUUUUUAGUUUGUGCAGCAUCUCGAUGCAAGUCACAUUUGAGACAGAAUUACAGAAUUUCUUCCCCCAGAUUCAGAGAAAGAGCAGCCCUGAGCCCCACACCCUCUAGCUCAGGCACACACAUGCGCUGGGUGGCAGUCAUCGUGCUCACAAGGCACAGGUAACCGCACCCCGAGACCAGGGCUCAGCAGCCUCAGCUUCUCUUUCUAAGAUCUGUACGCUUGUCUAGUGGCCUACAAGGUGACAAAUAGGCAGGCCAGAGACCUGGGUUUUUUCAAUGAGAAAAACUUCCUAGCCGCUGGCCAGACCUCUCUCAUGGGAAGCCCAUCCUCUUGUACUUAGGGUGUCCCUGGCCCUCAGCUGGGUUCUUUCACCCUCUGCCUAUUAUUAGGCCUUCCUCCCAGAAAGCGUUAGCCUGUAAGAAACAGGGAUCUGAGGGCUCCCAGCCUGAGCUCGAGUUGCUAGUGGGUCAGGGCAAAACAAAGGGCUGGAUCUCACAGGUGGAGCUGAAGCCCAGCCUGAUGUGGGAAAGGAGCCUUGCGUGGGCCCAGGGCUGGUUCUGGGAUUCAUAGUCGGAGGAAUAUGGUUCUUGAUAGUCUGUGCAGUUCCAGGGGUGGGGAUAGGCAGGAAAGGCAGCCUUAGGAUUGCCCCAUUCUCAGAGGGGCACCCACACCAGAGCUUUAGCAGCAGAACUUCUCUCCAUGUUUCUCUCCUUGUCAUCCAUGGGGGCACCAGCCAUGAGGCUGCAGUCUCCCUGAAUUGCUCCUUGCCUCCUCUCUCGGGCUUGGAGGGGGGUUUGCAUUCCCUCUGAUGCAGCUAUCUGUCCCCAUUCCACUCUUCCCCUUAGUUCCCCAGUGUCAGUCCCUUCCUACCAGACUCCAGGUGCUGCCCAGACCAUCUUGGGUUUGGCCAAUGGCUGGAGUGAAAAUAGGCAGGAUGGACCGCCUAUGCCCUUCUGUAGGCCUGUCCCCUGCUCCAUGCUGCUUUGCAGAUGGGACAUCAGGUCUUGGAUUCCCCUCCCACUUGAGAUGGUGUCAGGCCAUCUCCCCUCCGCACGUACGACUUCCAUGCUGGCCCUGCACACUGGCACACUGCUUUUGCCUCCUUGCCAAGCCUGACCUGCAGCUGCUUUCCAUACUUGUCAAGGGUCUUCAUGAGGCACUCAGGGCCGGCGGCCCCUCUAACACACGCAGGUCUUCUCUGCUGCCAACUAACACACUCUGGCCCUCACAGCUUGGUGAGAGCUUUAGUUGUCUGACGGGCGACCGAUUCUAACACUGUCUUGUUUUCUCCCAUUUUCAGCUGUAGAGUAGCUGCUGGGAGGACUCGGCCGCUGGCCCUGUCACAUUGCAGCCCCCUCCCCUCCUCUCUCGUGGGCCCACACAGAGGAAGGAAGGGCAGCCUAAAAGUCCACUUAGAAACAUUUUUGGAGAUACCACUGCAGUUCUUUUCAAAAUAGCAUUCCCCGAGUUUUUAAUGGCAGAGGAAAAUAAAAGCUUUAAUGUUGAGAAUGCCGCCAGCUGCUGCUUGGAAAGGCCUUUGUACAUGGGCUGAAGAACCUGCUUGGACAGCGACCACCAGGCUUGCUUAGGAACCCUCUAGGAACUCACCACUGGGGUAUCCCUCUUACAGAUACUCCUUUUUUAUCCGAUCAACCUGUGCACUUUUGAUAUUUUGAUAUUAUAUUUGCUUCCUUAAUCCCUGACAUAGAGAUGGUCUCUGAUGCCGUACUCUGUCUUGUGGUCCCGUAGUGCUCCAACUUAGCUCCCAACGGUGUGUUGAUCUCACAUCAGCACGUGGCACAGACGUGUCCUCCUAGCGUGUAGCUCCAGACUGUUUAGAUGAAGGCUUCAGCCCAGCGAGGAGCCAGGCUAAGUGCAUCCACGCUGUGGUUCAGCAGCCUUUUAGAUUCCACGGCAUUGUGGUUCAUGUUUGAAAUUACAGAUUUUAAAUGCCAUGUUCAUUAAGAAAUCCAGGGUAUUGCGAUUCUGGGGUUUUUCAUAUUGUAUUAUUAUUAUUCUUAGGAAUAGUUCAAUGUAACAAGAAGAAAACUUGACCUUUGCUCUGGUUAAACAGUAAAAGGCACUUGAAAACAAAAAGGAUAAAUUAUUGAAUGAGUAGUAUUACCUACAAAUUCCAGAAUUUUCUGGGUUUUAGGACAUUGUGAAGCAUGACUAACAGAAUUUUAUACAACUGUACCAGUGAAAUUCCAAAUUGGAAUUGUUUUGUUACUCUGGUUGUUGUGCCAAAUUGUGGUACACUUAGAAAAUUCUACAGUCGUCGAUUUUUAGGGUGUUCUAUUUCAACACCUUUUUGUUAGUAAUCAUUGCCAGUAGUGCCUUCAUCAGUUAAGGGAGGUGUCCCAGCAUAGUUUAUUCUCUAAAACAGACAGUGAAGAGCUAGUUGGGAAAGUUGAAGGCCAGUGUGGACCAAUCGGUGUGAACAGGCACACACCUUCAAAGCUGAACCUGGGCAUCUUCAUUGAGGGAAAGAAAACAGCAAUUGUGCAAAAUUCUGUUAGUCAGUGAUUCUUUACUGUGCAGAUCCUUGCAAAUUCAGGGGCUCAGAAAAUGAAAGUGAAUACAAACCUUGAGUGUGCUUUGGGAACCAAAUGGACUUUAUGGGACAAGCUGAACAAGCUGAACACCACACACCAUGUUUGUGAAGAGGGGGGCAAGUGGCAGGGGAGCCGGCACUGCCGGCCUCAUGCAGUGGGAUGAGGGCUAGCCAUAGUAUUCUUUGCAAAUGUGAGAAAGAGACUUCCUGUAUCCUCUUGCUCGGUGUAACUAAUCACUGUUAAUUUCAGGAAACAGAACUCUCUAAAGCUCCUUAGCAAACCAGGUCUACGUCCCAUCCUGAUUUGCUGAGUGAGGUUGUGCGAAUGGUCAAAUUGGUACUCUCGGAGGAAGAAGAAAAAGUGUCCUCCCUCCUCUAAAAUGCAGGACAAAUUAUAAUAAUAUAAGUAGCAAAAAUAAAAGAUUCUGUUUCCUGGAAUAGCAUUUCUUAUUCCUAGUUGUAAGGACCCCUAUUUUUACCUUAUCUUACAGUGUUGAUUCAUAAGGAAUAAUGUUACAUUUACGAAAACUUCAUCUGUAUGGGGUAUUUAUUUGCAAUGACGUCUGAGUACUGUAUUUUUUUCUGUGCAUUACCUUAGUGUCAGAAUGUUGUCUUUAUUUUAAGAUCAUAUGCAUGUCCUCCUGCCAAGGAACCUUUACACAGACCCAAACAAACAAAAAUGCCUUCAGAUUCUGAAAAAAUGAGGCACAGCAUGGAAAAAGGAUUAGAAAGAAGAAAUCAGGCACAACUUGGGACACAGACAUAUGGUGCAAAUGUCUAUAAAAGCCAGUGCACAUAGGAAUGGUGGGCCUGGGUAAAGGGUCAUGUUGGUAGGACCGGUAAAUAAAGAAUAAUAAAAAGACAAAG